GGAGAGCGAGCUCUGGUGUCCAGAGGAGGACCUCCAUCAUUCAGAGAACUUCCUGGUUUAUCAGUAAAAGGAAGAAGAGAAACAGUUAGAACCCAUCAGCAGCUCAGGAUGAAGGUCUGUCACACUUUGAUCUGCUUCUUCUUCUUCCUCACAUCACUGCAGGAUGGAGACACUGGAGAACCUCGUACAGCAAAGGAAGGAACCAACAUCACAGUUUCAUGUCCAUUUAGGUACUCUGGAAGCAGGAGGUUCUUCUGUAAGGAAACCUGUGAAGGAAACAAUAUUCUGAUUGAAACAACAGAGGACAGAGAUCAGCGAGGAAGAUACAGCAUUCAGUAUGAAAGAAAAUCCAUUUUUUCAUCUGAUAUUAUGAAUGUGAGCAUCACAGGGCUGAAACAGUCAGACUCAGGACGGUACCGGUGUCAAUUGUAUAAUACAUGGACUGCAACUCAAUAUGAGGAUUUUGAUCUUGAUGUAACAGGAGCUUCAAGCACUUCAGAACCAAAGUGGACUCUGCAAACUUUUACAUCAACAACAUUAACACAAAGGUUGAGUUCCUCUUCUUCCUCCCUGUCUGAAAGCACCCAACAGACCAGAACAUCAACUGGACCCAAAAGUCUGCAGCUUUAUGUUGGUCUGACUCUGGUCGUCAAGAUCAUCUUGUUAUCAACACCUCUGGUGAUUUUCUGCUGGAAGAGGAGGGUCACGAAAACCAAAGAUCCUGCUGUAGAAUCAGAAUAAUUUGUCGUCUCUCAUGACCAACCCAGAGAGGGAGGAAAUCAGAGAGGAGGAAAAACAGAACCGUUCAUCUGCUGAGGAAACAUCUUCAGUUUAGACGUGAACUAAACUCUGUGAAACAAUCAGAGCUAAAAGUACAGAUGAGGAAAAUGUUGUCUGAUGUUUUCACAACAAACAAUAUAAAAUAACACAAAAUCACACAGGACAGUUGUCCUUUGCUAAAAAUGUUACAAAAGAUGAUUUGAAGACUUUCUAGUUGCUCUGCUGUAACAGGUUUUAUUAAACACUUGUUUUCAAUCAGUAGUUUCAAGUAAAACAACAAAUAUAUAUGUUGUUUUAUUUCAUAUAUAUUUCAUAUUGAACAUUUUUAUUGUUAGCCUCUUUAGUUUUAUUUAUGUAUAUACUUUAUAUUGAUAGUUUAGUUUACAUUUCUGUGCUGUCUAUGUUUUAUUUAAUCUGAUUUUUUUGUCAUUAUUUGGGUGGAGGCCUCAGAGAAGCUCUGAGUUUCUGCCUCUGUGUCGUUUGUUUACUAAAUGAGUUAAAUGAACAAAUGAAACUAAAACUCUGGCAGGACUUUAAUGUUCAGUUCAUUACCAGAAACAUUUAGGUAACAAUAUAUGGUUCCUAAAACAAAGGUUAUUUUCAACAUGUUUUGCAAUGGAGCAAAUGUUCAGUAAGAAUAUGUUUCAGAUUGUGGUUAAAUAAGCUGUCAUGUCUUCAUGGUCUUUACUUCCUUUAUAUCACUUUAUAUUUGUCAGUUUUAAACCCUAGGGGUCUGGGGUAUAUAUUGCUGUUUUUGAUAAAUGACAUUUUUUACAUUUCCUAUUAAAAGGUGUUUAUAUUUC